CCGGGAUCCAAACUGGCAAACCCCAGGCCUCCGAAGUGGAGCAUGCGAACUUAACUGCUGCGCCACCAGGCCAGCCCCCAGCAAAGAUUUCUGAUGACUCUAAUCACCUCCCCCUUCCUCUGACUCUCUAUCUUGUAAAAAAUAAGUCUAGCUUUGACAUAUGACAACAACUAAGGGUUGAAAAAUUUAAAGAACAAUUUUAAGGAUGUCCUAUUUUAGAGAGUUUUCAUUAUAUACUUUAAAAUAAGAAAAUCUGUUUGGUAUAUUAGCUAUCUGUGGAACUAGGUCACUUGAUAUCUCUGCAUGAACAUGUUGAGAUGAAAGCAUCUGCAAAUCAUGCCUUUUCAAGUGUGCUUAAAUGAAUCUCUAUACUUAUCUAUUACAACUCAUAAUCAUUGCUACCUUUCAAAUAUAUUAGGGUUGAACAUAACACGAAAAUGGAAACAUAAGAAAAAUUAGCAUUCUGGGGUAUAUAGAUGACUCACGCUACCGGCUUAACCAUUUUCUUUAGAUUUUUCACAAUUACAGUAUGUUUCACACCCUGAAAUACACUUAAUAUCUACUAUUAUUGACUGCGAAGGCACACAAAUAAUGUACAAUCAUUAUUCUAAAAAAGAAACAGGUUCCAACUAUUUCUUUCGAACUUUAGACUUACUGCUAAUGAAGAACGUUUACAGUUAAUUUACUAAAGACAGAUUGUAACCUUGAAUGUAGCAACUGAAAUCAAGAGAAAGUAUUUGUUAAAUGCAUCUCUUCAGGAAAAUCGCACAGAAGAUUUUGUUUAGCAAGACUAUUUGAAACAAUUCAAAGCUAGAAUUAUUUCUAGGCUAUAGCAAGGUAAGUUCAGUUUGUUUGGAUUUUGAUCCACCACUAAAUUUUGGAUUUGUGGAGAGUCUCAUUUUCAUAUUUAAUACAGCAAUUAAAUUAUAACUUGGAAAGUGAGUUCUACAUAGUCUGAAGCAUGUAGAAGUUAUGUAAAAAUAAGUAACUAUAUAGACAACAGACAAUUCAUACACCUGGGUGUGAAUCUUGGCAAAACCUAGUAGAAGCCACAGUUGAGAACACUUCAAAUUCCACAAUCCUGCAGCCUUUGGGCUUAUUUGGUUCUGGACUCCCUCUAGUGGUUCAAACUUUUGGUGCUUUAAUUGGCACUACCGUUCACAGAAUCAACAAAUUUGGGGUCUUAUUAAAAAUAAAUAAGCAAAAGAACCACACAAUUCCUAUUAGAAUAGUUUUCCACAAGGAGAAGACUAUGUCAUCAAAUGGUAUGAUAAAUGUGGAUAUUAAGAUAGUGGAAAUAGUAGUAAUAAUUUUUGGUUUUUUAUAUUUGUUUUUUUAUUAUUAUAGUAAUAAUAAUUGGUUUCUUAUUUCAGAAAAUACACAGCUGUUCUUGAAAAGCCUGAGUUUGCAGGUCUUUGUUCUUCAAAGAGAACAAAGCCAAUAAGACUAAGAGAAGGAAGAAAAUAGGAUAUAAUGGGUGACAUCCAUUUCGGGACCUCCUCUUAGUAUGCUAUUUUCUGAUUCCUUUUAAGUUAUUCUCUCUAGCACUGGAGCUGGAAACAUACAGCAGAGACCAGACAAGUGACUGUGGAAUCCAGAAGUCAGCCAGUGUCUGCCCUGAGGUUUGGGUAGAGUGAGGCCAGGAAGUGGCAUUGGUCUUAAGCUCCCAGGUCUCACAGUACCUUCCAUUGAGAAGACAUUGUUAUAGAGACCGCAAUUGACAACCUGCGCAGGUAGGGGGUAAAAAACCCGGUCCCCAGUGAUUUAAGACUCUAUCUGCAAUCUUAAUUUUCUAAUCUCAUAAAUUUGGAUUGCAGAGAAGGUGGGAAAACAGAGGUAGCAAGGUGUAAGAUAAAAACAAAGCAUAUUUUCUUGACUUUGAAUAUCUGUAGCUCCUUUUGACGAGCAGAAUUUAAAAGGAUGGGAAAUGUAUUCCAGCUGAUACAGAGGAAAUUCCCUGUGGGGAGGGGAAAGAAAAGGUGGAAAGACAAUGGCAGGCAGUAGUCUUAAUAAUGUAGACAAGCAUAGUCUCUAAUACAGGACUUAAUACUGCUGUGCCUCAAAAAGACAAUAAGCAUUCAUCACAGGAACAGAAAACGUUAUAAUUAAGCUGUUGUCAAAGAACACUCAAAGGAGUAAAUCGGGAGUCUGAACAGAACAGAUUGUGCCACAAACGCGUCAGAUGGCCUGCUUUUCCUUCUUUCCCGUCUCGGAGGGACUUAAAACGCUACACUGUACUUCUUUCUUCUUCUGCUGGUGCUUUUCUAUACGAAGGGCACGCCUGGACCUUCCAAGCCGGUUGGAACCCAAGUUAUCAAAGGCGCCAAGGCUGUCUCAGCUACUCCAAGUCGCCUAAGUAAUUAGCACCAGAGCACCCCACAAUGCGGCAGCCAUGGGGACUGUCGAGGUUUCUUCAUAAAAUAGCAGAGUCUCUAGGCUGAUACUCCCAUAGCGCAGGUGAUGCUGCUCGAGUCCGAGCGCCAGGGUAAGAGUGUGCUAUGCCGGUGACUCCCAAACCACCAAGGGACACGCUUAAUGACCCAGUGAAGGUAGCUUCCGCUGCCUCCCAGACACCCGCCACGAAGACCUCGUCAGUUAAGCUCUGGAAGGGGAGACUGGACUUCAUGAAACCGGACACCACAACAAACUAAACCCGAGCGGUGGCCGGAGCGUCGUCUAACUUCCCGAUUGGCCCUCUCGGCCUCCACUCAGAGGCUAGCAGCUGGGCGUCUUCCCUGGCGCAUGCGCGUCCCCUUCUUCCGGCCGAGGAGCGUGGUGUCCUCGGUUUUCCUGCCCGGGUGGAAUUCCCACCCAGCUUUGCUCGGCCUCGUUUUCUCCCUGUGCGAUGGCUCCGGACUCAGGUCCCUUUCCCGAGGGGCCGCUCUUAAAACUGCUACCCUUAGACGCUAGGGACCGGGGCACGCAGCGCUGUCGCCUGGGCCCGGCCGCCCUCCGCGCCUUGGGCGCGCGCUUGGGCUCGGCGGUGAGGAUCUCGCUGCCUGACGGCGGCUCCUGCCUCUGUACCGCCUGGCCGCGGCGGGACGGAGCGGACGGCUUUGUGCAGCUGGAUGCGCAGUGCGCGAGCCCCGGGGCGGCAGUGGGGACGCCGGGGGCGCGGGGGAGCCUCCGCCUGAGCUGCCUCCUCCUGGUGCCCUGCCCGCCCCUUCAGCGCCUCACCGUGUGGCCGGUGUUGCGCGAGCGGCCGGGGGCGCUGGGUGCCCCGAAUGCAGUCGCGGUGCUGGAGGCGGCGCAGGAGCUGCUGAGGAACCGACCGGUCUCCCGGGGCCACGUGGUGACCGCUCCGCCGGGCGCCCCCGGUCCGGUGGCCGCCCUGCACAUCGUGAGAGGGGUGCCCAGCCCGGAUCCGGCCGGCCUGGUCACCCCUCGCACCCGCCUCGGUCUCGCCGGGGAGCCUCCGUCGGAAGCGGAGCCGCAGGCCGAGGUGCCCUUGGGGGGCCUGUCGGAGGCGGCCGACUCGCUGCGGGAGCUCCUCCUCCUGCCGCUCCGUUACCCUCGCGCCCUGAGCGCACUGGGGCUGGCAGUGCCGCGCGGGGUGCUCCUGGCGGGCCCCCCCGGCGUGGGCAAGACGCAGCUGGUGCGGGCGGUGGUCCGGGAGGCGGGCGCCGAGCUGCUGGCCGUGAGCGCCCCCGCGCUGCAGGGCGCCCGGCCCGGGGAGACCGAGGAGAACGUGCGGCGGCUCUUCCAGCGCGCCCGCGAGCUGGCCAGCCGCAGGCCCACCAUUCUCUUCCUGGACGAGGUGGACGCACUGUGCCCCCGGCGGGGCGGCCCGCACCGAGCCCCGGAGAGCCGCGUGGUGGCCCAGGUGUUGACGCUGCUAGACGGCAUCGGCGGAGACCGCGAGGUGGUGGUUGUGGGAUCCACCAACCGGCCGGAUGCGCUAGAUCCAGCGCUGCGGAGGCCUGGGAGGUUUGACCGAGAGGUUAUCAUUGGGACUCCCACGCUUAAACAAAGAAAGGAGAUUCUACAAGUGAUUACCUCGAAGAUGCCCGUCUCCAGUCAAGUCAAUCUGAGCCUCCUCGCAGAAAUGACAGUGGGCUAUGUUGGCGCAGACCUGACUGCACUCUGUAGGGAGGCUGCCAUGCAUGCUCUGCUUCAUAAUGAGAAGAACCAGGACAAUCCGAUGAUUGAUGGAAGAGACUUUUUUGAAGCUUUUAAAAAGAUUCAACCCUCAUCAUUUCGCAGUGUCGUUGGACUGAUGGACAUAAAGCCUGUUGGCUGGGAGCAGAUUGGUGGCCUUGAAGAUGUAAAACUGAAGUUAAAACAGAGCAUUGAAUGGCCUCUGAAGUUCCCUCAGGAAUUUGUUAGGAUGGGCCUGACACAACCGAAGGGAGUUCUCCUGUAUGGUCCCCCUGGAUGUGCUAAAACCACCCUGGUGAGGGCCCUGGCCACCAGCUGCCGGUGCUCUUUUGUUUCCGUGAGUGGAGCUGAUCUCUUUUCACCUUUUGUUGGAGAUUCAGAAAAAGUCUUGUCUCAGGUAUUUCGACAAGCAAGAGCAAAUACUCCAGCAAUUGUGUUUUUGGAUGAAAUUGAUUCAAUCUUGGGCUCUCGAUCAAUCAGCAAAACAGGCUGUAAUGUUCAAGAACGUGUUCUUUCUGUUCUCCUGAACGAAUUAGAUGGUAUUGGGCUGAAGACUAUAGAGAGAAGAGGAGGUCCAUCAGAUCAACAGGGUAAAUACAAGGAGCUGAAAAAAAAUGAAGAGUCAGAGUUUCAAGAAGUUUUUAAUCGAAACGUCAUGAUUGUCGCAGCAACAAAUAGACCUGACGUGUUAGACGAUGCCUUGUUACGGCCCGGAAGAUUAGACAAGAUUAUUUAUAUUCCACCUCCAGAUGAAAAGGGCAGGCUUUCUAUUUUAAAAGUCUGUACAAGAAACAUGCCACUGGAGCUUGAUGUUUCUUUAGAAAACCUAGCAGCAGAAACCUGUUUUUUCUCUGGAGCUGAUCUUGGAAACCUCUGCAGAGAAGCUGCCUUGCUGGCUCUGCAAGAAAAUGGACUAGAAGCAACCACAGUGAAACAAGAACACUUUCUAACAUCACUUAAGACUGUAAAACCAUCCUUAAGUCACAAAGAUUUGACUUCAUAUAAAAACUUAUUUCAGAAACAAGAAUUUUCUAACUUAGAGGAUAUUUAAAAAUUAUUUUACAUACCUACUCAAGGAUUAAUUGAAAUGUGAGCUUGUGCUAUAGUUUGCAACUUCACACUUUAGAGUUUGUGUGUGUGUUAUUUCCUGUAAAUAAAAAAACUUGUGCCUGAUAAGCUAGGAUUUAUCUUAUUUCCAAAAGGUAUAUUAAAAUACCAUAAUUUAGGAAGAAA